AUGGCAUCCACAGAACCCCAGAAUGAUAGCACCAUCGAGUACAUAGCGCCCACCAUCGAGAUUUCCGAGCCAAAAGUUACCGUCGAGGUAGUACUCGGCCGAGGCAGAAAUGAGUCGACAGGCACUAAGAUCCUUUCCGUGGCAUGGGAUGUGACCACUGUAGAUACUACAGGCUUGAACGGCGAAUGGGUCAUUGAGUGGGAUAACAUGUAUGCCAGCGACGGCGAGGAUCUCCGAUCCGCUAAGAGUGAAAAGGGCACCUACUUUGCGCUUCAACGAGGGACCAACACCCCAGGUGGAGGAACUCCCAUUCACGAAAUUCCAGAGCCUGUUUACCAGCCCGCGCCGGACUACACCAACGGAGCACCUUUAUCAACAGCAAAAUUAAUCGCGUUUGAAAAUGGAUUAGAUGAUUUUGAGGAAACAGAGGAUUUAGUUGGGUUCUUCUCAUCCAGGCCGAUCGUUCAAGCGCCUACCCAGAUCAUCCCAGAUCCAGAGUCCAAGAGAGCUACGGUACAUUUCUUGCUCACCGGUAAUGCGCUGAUCCCUGACGCUAUUCAUAUACUAUUCGUCCCCACGUGGGGCACUCCUCUUACUUUGGCAACUGUCCCCACUCCAUCGCGAACCGAUUACCAGAGCGGCGGUAAGAGAAAUCUUCAUACCGCAUGGGCUGAAGCAAGAAUGGAUGAUCUUGCUACACUUGAAGAAAUAGCUCGAGAGCUCGAAUUAGAAGGUGCGCGUGGGGUUGGUACUGGAAACCUCAAGGUUGGUGUCGAAGGUGGGGGUAUGGAUGAAGAGGCAGUCAGACGAGAAGGGUGGAUGGUUGGUGAGGAGAUGAUCUGGGUACGGGAGACGUUCCUGAACAAGCAUAUCGCCGAGGAAGAACCCGGCCCGUCCAACGACACUGGACUCGGACUCAACAUCAACACGAACUCUGGAUCAAAAGCGCCGCUUAAGCUCUCAACCACUGUCUCUCCAGGCGGCACUGUUUACAAAAGCGCGUCUUCCGCAAAUCACCUCCGAACGACAGUCAUCGCCCAGGAGGAGGAGGAAGAUCUUUUUGCACUUCCGCUUUCCCCGCGUAGUCCUGAGAUGUCCGUAAGCCCGUUUAGCAUGUUUCGUGGAGAGGCAGUGGGGAAACAGCCGACGUCCAGACUGAAUCAGGUUGUGUCUAUUGAUACGAGUCUGUCUCCAUCGGUAUCUGUAGGUGGCUCCAAAGACAACACGCCGACGGGACUGAAUUCAAUCACACCGACGAUGGGAAGGUUGAAAAUUGGUGGGUAUGAGCCCUUGACCACCAAUAGAUAG